UGUUACAAUUUGCCCCCAUAUGCGCUAGUGAAAUCUUAGAUCGGGUAAUUGUACGGCGAGGGCAGCUAGAAUGAGGUGUUCCCGCGAGGAGGUGGUCGGUCGCGUACGGCCCGCGCGUUGAUACGAGGCUCCCCCGAGCGAAACGCCAACGCCGAUACGGGCUCGGAUAGACGGAGUGUGCUGGGAUAAUCCAGAGAACGACUCGGAGAACCGGAGAGAGCGAACGGACACGGACGAGGGAGAGAGACAGAGAUAGGGGAAAAGAUAUACGUGGGUAGCGCGCGAGGAAAGGAGACCGCGGGAGAAGAGAUAUAUCGGAGGGAGAAUAGGGAGAACGGUAAAGAGAGUAAACGGUGUCGCAUCGCGAGGUGUAUCGGUGUACGGUGUGCACGGCACGGGGAGCAAACGUUCGCGUAGAGGAUCGCCGAUAGGAGUCGGACGUGAAGAAACGGUCAGAAACGGGAGGAGAACGAGGAAGAGGCGCACGGAACCGAGAGAAACGGAGAAAAACGGGCCGCGAAAGAGAGGGAAGCCAACGGGAGCAGGGGGGAGGGACACGGAAAGACUGAGAGCGCGAGCAAGGGUGGGCGGACAGUAGUGCACGAGAGUAUCCCGUCGCCACGAUAAUGCGACGUGCAGCAUCUUCGCUCGUUCCUUCUGAAUAAGUGCUCGCUGGGACGGUCCCUUACCUGCAGGGAUAUGACGUAAUGGCAAGAGAGGAGUUACGGAGCAAGAGACCUUUUAAGAUAUGGGACAGCUGGCGUAACGUAAGAAAGGGACUGGUUGUUAGCAAUUUCGAGGAACUGAUACACCGGGGCAAGGAGAAGUUGGGCGUGCCACAGAACGAGAAUGUCUCUUUAGUGUUGGAGUCGGACGGAACGCAAGUAGAGGACGGCGAUUACUUCAAGACUCUAGCAAACAACACGAUUCUGCUGUUACUGCGGCAUGGUGAACGCUGGUGUCCAACAGGAGUCGACAUCAUACGCGCCGCAAUUUCAGCCAUACCGAAAAUAGUUUGCGAAACGAUCCACGCCCUGGAGCUGCACGAUGAGACGCCGUCGUGGAAAAUCAUGGACAAUAAGGGACGAGUCACCGUGGUCCUGCACUGGGAUCAGCGUUCGUCCACGUCGUCGCAGGUGCAGCAACAGCAGAAGGGUCCGGACGCGCAGAGCUCCAAGUAUUCACCGACAAAGAAAACCGAUCUGAGCGGUACGCAGCGGCCGUCGUUGGUCAUACAGACCAGCCUGGACAAGCUCAACUACGGAGGGAAGCAGGGACACCUGGCGGCCGAGAUCGGUCCCAGCCGCUACGCCAGCCCCCAAAUCACUGUGAUAAAUCAUGACGACAUGCAGCAGCCGCAGCCGCCGCAGCAGCAGCCGCACGGAAUCUCGGGACGACUGGUGAAGCAGAGCACGAACUCGUUCGACAGCACGGCCAUCCAUAUCCACACGCCCGAGUGCUCGAACCACAUCCAUCAGCCGGUGGUGAGGAACGGGAGUCCUGUGAACGGGGCGGACGGCGGCGCCAGCGGGGAAUGCGAUUUCCAUUGCUGCGCCCUUCACGAGGAGGGACGUAGAAUCGCGGUGCACAAGUCGGUGGCCACCUCGCCGAUCCAGGACGCCCAGCACCAGCAGUACCAGCAACAGCAGCAGCAACAGCACCAUCAUCCGCACCAGCAUCAGCAGCAGCAGCAGCAGACGCAGACGCAGACACCGUCGCCUCAGCCGCCGUCCUCGUUGUCGGAUGGCACGAGACGGACCGGCCUGAGCAAGGGACACGUGCGUUUCUGCGACACCGCCGACGAGGAGUCGAGCCCGCGGCUCGCCGGCAACUCGGCCACCGGCUUUCACCUCCAGCAUCAUCACAAUCAUCAUCAGGAGCACGACAGCUCCGAGUCGGAGACCGAGAACACGAUCAUGGAGGACGAGAUCGUCACCUCGGAGAAGUUUUUACUGCUCAUCGAUCAGCUCACCGUAGACCAGAAGCAUCUAAGCAUCAAGGACAUCGGUAUCAUCCUCGAACGGCUCAACUCCAAGAUCCUCGACGUGGAGCGGCUCGAUCGCGAGAGCGAGAGCGAGGAGUGUUACAACUGGACGAUCAAGGCGAUCAUCAGGGGAGACGUGUUGAGGGAGCUCGGGAUCAUUUACAACGGGAACUACUACGCGAUCUCCGAGCAUCCGGGCUACAAGGAGGAAUCCGAGGAGAAUAACGAGGAUAACGAGGAGGAGGAGGAGGAUAGACUUUAAUAUGAUGCUGUUUUAUUAGAUAGAUAGUUAGAUAGAUAGAUAGAUAGAUUAUACACCUAUUAAUGAUUAUUAUUAAAUAUAGUACGUAUCGAGC